AUGGCCGGGUACAAGCCAAGGGUGAUUUCUCUAACCAAGAGGCCGGGUCAUACAUUUGGUUUCUACUUGAGGGUGGAGCAGGGUGAGGAGGGUCACCUGAUCCGCUGCCUGGAAAUGGGAGGUCCAGCUGAACUGGCCGGCAUGAAAGAUGGAGACCGCAUCCUGCGGGUUAGUGGAACAUUUGUUGAUGGACUGUCCCAUUCAGAGGUGGUGGACAUGGUGAGAAACGGUGGAGCAUCAGUCACAUUCCACAUCCUGGAUGAAGCUUCGUACAAGCAAGCCAAAGCACAGGGAGUGAACCUGUCCGACCCUCAGAGCACACCAGUUGCCAAUGGUGUGGCCAUACAGGCUCCAAAACCCAAACUCUGCUACCUGGUUAAGUCCAGCACAGGCUUUGGGUUUUCUCUUCGCUCAGACAAAGAUAAAGAGGGUUUUUUCAUGACAGAGGUGAUCCCGGGAGGCAUGGCGGACAGGGCGGGGGUCAAAAUCAACGACCGCCUGUUGGAGGUCAACGGGGAGAGCGUUGAAAGCUCCACACACGACCAAGUAGUGGACAAGAUCAAGCUGGCUGGCAGCCGCAUGAUGUUCCUGUUGGCUGACGAGGAAACGGAGAAGUACUACAAGAACAAGCACAAGAUAGGAGCAUGGUUAGCCACCACCAAGUAUCUCCCACACAAGCCACGCGUUGUCGACAUGACCAAAGGACCUGAUGGCUAUGGCUUCCUGCUUAGGGAGGAUCCCAUUCGAACAGGCCACUUCAUUAAAGACAUAGACUGGGGCAGUCCAGCAGAAAAAGAAGGUCUGAAGGAAAUGGACAGACUAGUGGCUGUGGAUGGCAACGAGGUGGACUGUUGCAGCCAUGAGGAAGUGGUGGACAGGAUCAGAGAGAGUGGCAACAAAUGCUGUCUCCUCGUGGUGGACAAGGACACGGACAAAAUGUAUAAGCAAGGGAAAGUUUCUCCGAUGCUUUUCUGGGAUGAGAUGAAUGAUUCCAACUCACCGCCCAGUUACACAGAGGCCCUCAAUUUACCUGCUCCUGUCCGACCAUCCACGGCUGUUCAGAAGAGGGAGGAGGGGUUCAAGCCUAAACUGUGUAAGAUGGAGACGACCUCAGCUGGCUAUGGCUUUCACCUAAACGGCAUCCAGGGUGAGUCUGGACAUUACAUCAAGGAGGUGGUGAAGGGUGGAGCGGCUGACAGGGUGGGUCUGGAGGAUGAAGACAUCGUGGUGGAGGUGAACGGGGUAAAUGUGGAGCAGAGCAGCCACGAGGAGGUGGUGGCAUUAAUCCGCAGCAGUGGCAGCUCUCUGGAGAUGCUGGUGGCUAAAAAGAGCGUCUAUGACCAACUCAAAACUAAAGGAGUGACCAUCACACGCCUGCUCCUCGGAGAAACAUCUUAUAUUCAGGUCCACGCGGUUGACACUCCCAAGGCCAGCAGGGAGGAGAGACAUGAGGAGGGGGCCAGAACUGAAACCCCCACUGAACCAGCAAGAGAGAGGACUUCAUCUGCAUCAUCAUCUGCAUCUCAAAGCAGUGUUGAUGAGAGACUCUAA